AUGAGAAUCAGCGCCGCCAUCAACAGGCCAACCCUGUUAUGGGUUGACCAGAUCUGUAUUGAUCAAAGUAACGAAAUCGAAAAAUCCGUCCAAGUCAGUCUUAUCUCAACUAUCUACAGAGCUGCUGCAGAAGUCAUCGUCUGGUUGGGGGGUAUUGGCUACUCCUUGUUUGCCGACGAUUUUGGGAGCACAGUGGCUCGCAUUGCUCAUGCCAGAGCCUCACCGACUGCUGCACGCAUUGCCACGCAUCUUAGUCACGGAAACGUGGCAAAGGCUUACCGUGAGCAUCAGCGUCAUCAAGAUGAAAAUGGCAAGAUGCGUUACAACGACCUCCAUCGUCUGUGUGCUUUGAUUCGAAGUCCCUGGUUCACGCGAGUUUGGGUUCUACAAGAAGUUGUUGCUGCUCGAAAAAUCACGGCCUUUGCUGGCCUCCAUGUGGAUUGGUACACGUUCUCCGAGGCAGCUCAGUGGAUCAUCGAAGGAGGUUUUUACAUUUUAGAGCAUGAAGGAGGUCUGGGUCACGGCUUUCAAUUUCUCCACCUCGUACAAGGCUUGCGACUAUCCAACAGGAUUCCUCUCCUUUAUCUGCUGCUUAUGACAAGGGCAAUGAAGGCUACGGACCCAAGAGACAAAGUAUUUGCCACCUACUCCCUGGCAUCCGAUUGCCAGACUCUUCGAUUUCGGAUUGAUUACCGUGAGAGUCUCUCCAGAGUCUACGGUGGAGUAGCACUAGCUAUACUUGAACGCGACCGUUGUCUUGACUUCUUGUCAGUUCCUCGCCCCAUCUGCACCGAACAACCUCCAUUACCUUCUUGGACACCCGACUGGAGGCAGAGAGGAGGAGUGAUGGUGUCACUUGCUCUGGGUGGAUCAAGACUUGCAUCACACACCGGACAAUGCUUAUUCAGGGCCAGCCAGAUGACUCUGGCGACACCUCAAGCUUAUCAUGAAGACGGGAUACUCAGGAUUGAGGGUAUGUACUUUGACUCCAUCUCCACGCUCUGGGAGGUCUAUGGAUCCAAUUUGAUGGACGAAGACAUUGUCGAGCUGGCGAAUUCGGCGCACGACAAUGAAGCGUCACUGCUUUCUUCGGUUCGAGUAUUUCAAAGCUGGAAGAGUUCCACUGCCGGGGCUACUAAGCUUGAACCUUCCAAUGAAGAUAAGGCCGACAUUUUUCUCAACGUUCUCUCCGCCGGUGGCGCCGCGAAAGACCUCAAGGAAUACCGUCGACUGGAGCGGAAUUUCAGGACCCUGAGCCUCUGCCAUCGCCUGACCCAUCGCUUUGUCGCGCGUCUGCCGUUUCGGGAGAGGCUCCUCCGGAGAAUAUUGUGGAUACUGCACCACCUAGCAAUAUACGCGGGGAACUGGCUGGACUGCCAAGAUUUCAUUCCGACCGUGCUCGUCCCGUCCGUGGGACGCAGACUCGGCCGCACAGCCAAGGAUUACCUUGCUCUCCUAUCCAGGGGGGCAGAGGUGGACGACCAGAUAUUUCUGGUGAAGGGGAGCAAGACACCCCUGGUGCUGCGCCCUGUGGAAGGAACCGAGUACUGGACUUUUGUCGGUGACUGUUACGUUCACGGGAUCAUGCGAGGCGAAGCAUUUGAAGAGGCUGAAUGUCGUGAAAUGCAUCUUGUCUAG